AUGAUUUUAUGUGAUGCCUUCGAUACAAAACUCUCAAAACCUACAUAUUCAUUCAAUACUACUCUAAUCGAUAUAGUAUUCUUGGUAGCUAGGCCUAUUUCAAAUAUGACACCAGACCAUGAUAAUGUCAAGAAACCUAGAAGGAGAUUUGUGGGGUCCAAAACGGGCGAAAAGGUUAACACUACGAAGAACGAGCGAGGAGAUGAAAUAGUAGCAAAACCUAGAGCAAGAACAAACAUAAGACGUGCGAUCAACCAAAUUCCUGAUGAAAUCAUGGAAGAUGAGGCUCUGAAUGAAGCCAUUAAGUUGUUGCCGUCAAAUUAUAAUUUUGAAAUUCACAAAACAGUAUGGAAUAUCCGAAAGCACAAUGCCAAAAGGAUUGCACUUCAAAUGCCCGAAGGCCUGCUGAUAUAUGCGCUAGUGAUCAGCGAUAUUUUGGGUCAAUUUUGCGACUGCGAAACUAUAGUCAUGGGUGACGUAUCGUACGGGGCGUGCUGUAUUGACGACUUUACUGCCAGAGCUUUAGACUGUGAUUUCAUCGUUCACUAUGCACACUCCUGCUUGGUCCCCAUUGACCUGACUCAAAUAAAGGUUUUAUAUGUUUUCGUGACUAUUAACAUCGACGAAUCCCAUUUGAUCAAGACUCUGCAGAAGAACUUUGCCAGCGGUUCCCGCAUUGCUACCUUCGGGACAAUUCAGUUUAAUCCCACCAUUCACAGUAUAAAGGACAAACUUCUGGAUGCAGAGAAAAUGCUUUACAUCAUUCCUCCACAAAUCAAGCCACUUUCCAAAGGGGAAGUCCUCGGAUGCACUUCUCAAAGACUUGACAAGAGCCAAAUUGAUGCUAUGAUAUAUGUUGGAGAUGGGAGGUUUCAUCUUGAAAGUGCUAUGAUACACAAUCCUGAAAUUCCUGCUUAUCGAUAUGACCCUUACAGCAGAAAGUUCACUAUUGAGAAAUACAAUCAAAAACAAUUAGUACAAGUGAGAACAGAAGCGCUAAGCAUCUCCAAAAGAGGCAAAACAUUUGGGUUGAUCUUAGGUGCCUUAGGUCGCCAAGGUAAUCUUGCCACGGUUACCAAUUUGGAGCAAAAAUUGAAAGCCGCUGGUAAAAAUGUUUGCAGGAUCAUCCUAAGUGAAAUAUUUCCUCAAAAGCUUGCGAUCUUUGAUGAUAUAGAUGUCUUCGUUCAGGUAGCAUGUCCAAGGUUAUCCAUAGACUGGGGCUAUGCCUUCAAUAAACCACUUCUUACACCAUAUGAAGCGAAUGUACUACUGGAGGAAGAUCAAAUGUUCAAUGAAAACUUUUACCCAAUGGACUACUAUGAAGCAGACGGGUAUGGACGGGGUAAGAUUCCUACCCGUCAAAUUAAUAUUUAA